UAUAAGCUGUGGUACGUUUAAUUUAUUCCCGAUAAUGUCCGCGAUCGCGACGUACGUGUUUAUAGAUCUGGAGACCUCCGGUCUACCGGCAGAGGAGAACAAUAAGACAAAAAUAACGGAACUCAGUUUAGUGGCCGUGAAAAGGAAACAUGUCCUCGACACGCGCAAGGGAUGUGCUCCUCGCGUUCAACAGAAACUCACGCUGUGCCUCAAUCCUGGCAGAAUGGUGCAUCCCGACUGCACGAAGGUCACGGGCCUGUGCAAUGACCUACUUGAGCAGGAAGCCUUUUUUAACAUGGAAGUAUUUACAAUCAUUGACAAAUUUCUCAAUCUGCUAACUAAACCAGCCUGUUUGAUUGCUCAAAACGGACACAACUUCGACUUCCCUAUAUUAAAAAAUCAUUUUGUCAAACUUGGUGCGAGUUUAUCUGAUGACAUUAUGUGUGCUGAUUGCCUUCAUGCAUUCUAUGAUAUUAUGGAGGGUAAAAAGAAAGUUAACAAUUAUCCCAUGUCAGAUACUAAAGAAGAACCUGCAACAAGUAUUGUAAAUAAGACAGAAGUGGAUGAAAUUGACUUUGCUUCUGAGAAUACUCUCAGUGCUAAAGCAGUUAAUGAGACAACACCAAAACGAUCUGUCGUUCAGUGUGUGAAUAAAACACCUCAAAAGAGAAAUUCGCCUUUAAAAAUUUCAAAAGCACGUAGAAGAUUCCCGUGGAGUAAAGGAGAGAAGCCAACUGAGAAAUAUAAACUAAAGGAUGUAUAUUUCAGACUGUUGAACCGCGAAGCAGUGGAUGCCCAUCGUGCUGAGAAUGACUGUGUGUUGGCUCUUGAGUGCUCUGUAGCUUUAGGAGAAGAUUUUGUAAAUUGGGUUGAUGAGAACCACUGUCUUUUUUCUGAAGUAAAACCAAUGACUGUUGGUACUCCUCUUGGAAAGUAGUUAAUUUUGUUAUGAAGGUGACUGUGAGGACAUUCUCACCUGAAGGCCUAGGAUGCAACAAUAAGAUAAUAUCUUGUGAGUUUGUUGUGAGAAAAACAUUUUGUUAACCAAAGAUAGAAUCUAAAAUAUCACUAUUUUAUCCCAUCACAACAAAAAAGAGUGAUGUUUUCAAUUUAGGUUGACAAUCAUGUCUUUCUUUUGUUACAAGAUACCUUGUGGUAUGCAUCCUAAGCCUUUUGUACUAUUUAAAUAAUCAUAGUAAAUAUAUAAAAACUUAUUAUAUUGUUUUCCAACCUUUGUCUGCUGAAACUAAUUGCUCAAACAAAUCCUCCUAAAUGUGAGCCAAGCUGUGGUUAAAGGCCUAUAUAAGAUAAGAAAAAUUUCUCUUUUUAUUUUGGAUAAAGUUUAUUUUUUAUUAUAAUUAGUUUUCUAAAAAUAAGUUUAUAAUUAAUAUUAGCUUUUUAAUUUUUUUAUUGACAUUAUUCUCUAAUACUAUUUCCUACAUUAAAUAAUAGUGGUUUUAUAUUUAACUUAAAUGCUUAUUAGGUUAAAAGUCACAUUCACAAAAAUUACUGUAACUUUAGAAAAUUAUUCUCAUUAGGUUUUAUAGUUUUGGGUUAUGAAAAUAGGAAAUUUAUUUAUUAAAACCAAAGUCUAAAUUAUUUGAUAUUUCCUCUAUAAAAUAAUGUGAUAUUUAUGAAUGUGAUCUCACACUGGUAUUUUUAAUAAUUUAAUGCAUAAUAUACAAAUUUAUUUCUGCAUUUGUUUUUGUGAUAUGAGCUCUUUGAAUUGUAUAUUUUUUUAUUUACAAAAUAUAUGAUACAUUUUUAUAAU